CUGUGAUUCUAUGAAGAGGAAAGAAAGGGAGAAAGAGGAAAGAAGGGCUGAAAGAAGAACAAAAGGGAGGAAAAAACCAACUGUGGUGUGGCUGCUACUCCAGAAACCAACCAAGCGUACUCACUUCAGCUCCAGACAUCCAGCUUCACCUAUCCACCGGGCAGUCUUUUUCUGCUGGCAGGGAUUUCCAGGCCUUCGGAGGUCUCCUCUCUCCGGCCGGAGCUGCACGCAGGCACUCCUGCCGUUGCCCUAACGAGCAGCGGCCGUCUCGCGGCCUGGAGAACGGCCAUUGCAGCGGCGCGCCCCAGUCAAGCCAGAGCUUCGCAGCCCUCCGCACCUCCAGCUUCUGGCCCGAACAACCCCCAGAGCCGGUGCGAGCACAGCUGCCCACAGCGAGCCCGCCCCGGACCUUCACCACAGCCCUGAGGGCAGCCUCAGCCCACCCCGAGGCGCCUCCCACGCCGCAGUUUACCGCCUCGAGCCGACACCCCCACGCCCAGUGCGGCUCAAGCCCCGCCCUCUGGAGACACGACAGCUCGCGCGCUUUCAGGAGAGCAUGUGGCAAUCAUCGCUCCACGUGGGGAGAAGAGCGCCCUCGGCUAAUCAGUGGUCUCCGUUCACCUCUAGACCGCCCAGCGUGAAUGCAUAUCCAUCCACGUUGGUCAGGCUGGUGUUCAGAUUGGCAAUGCGUGUUGGGAAUUGUAUUGUCUUGAACAUGGGAUCCAGCCUGAUGGUCAAAUGCCUAGCGAUAAAACUAUUGGAGGUGGAGAUGAUUCAUUUAAUACCUUCUUCAGUGAGACGGGAGCUGGUAAACAUGUUCCCAGAGCAGUGUUUGUGGACCUAGAGCCAACCGUAGUUGAUGAAGUACGUACUGGCACAUACAGGCAGUUAUUCCAUCCUGAGCAGCUCAUUACUGGGAAAGAAGAUGCAGCCAAUAAUUAUGCCAGAGGCCAUUAUACCAUUGGAAAAGAGAUUGUUGAUCUAGUGCUAGACCGCAUUCGCAAACUGGCUGAUCUGUGCACAGGGCUGCAAGGUUUCCUUAUCUUUCAUAGUUUUGGAGGAGGCACUGGUUCAGGGUUUGCAUCUCUGCUCAUGGAAAGGCUCUCUGUCGACUACGGCAAAAAAUCUAAACUAGAGUUUGCGAUUUAUCCAGCACCACAAGUUUCCACUGCUGUAGUGGAACCUUACAACUCAAUUCUAACUACCCACACAACAUUAGAGCAUUCAGACUGUGCCUUCAUGGUCGAUAAUGAAGCCAUUUAUGAUAUAUGUCGUCGUAACCUUGACAUUGAACGUCCUACUUAUACCAAUUUAAACCGAUUAAUUGGGCAAAUUGUUUCAUCCAUCACAGCCUCACUGCGUUUUGAUGGAGCCCUCAACGUAGAUCUGACAGAAUUUCAAACUAACCUUGUUCCAUACCCACGAAUCCAUUUCCCCCUGGUAACAUACGCCCCUGUCAUCUCUGCUGAAAAAGCGUAUCAUGAGCAGUUGUCUGUGGCUGAAAUUACCAAUGCUUGUUUUGAACCAGCCAACCAGAUGGUAAAAUGCGACCCUCGCCAUGGCAAAUACAUGGCCUGCUGUAUGUUAUAUAGAGGUGAUGUUGUUCCCAAAGACGUCAAUGCAGCGAUUGCUACUAUCAAGACUAAACGUACCAUUCAAUUUGUGGAUUGGUGCCCAACUGGAUUCAAGGUGGGCAUUAACUACCAGCCUCCAACUGUGGUGCCAGGUGGUGACCUUGCCAAGGUCCAGCGGGCUGUGUGUAUGCUAAGUAAUACAACGGCUAUUGCUGAAGCAUGGGCUCGCCUCGACCACAAAUUUGAUCUCAUGUAUGCUAAGCGUGCCUUUGUACAUUGGUAUGUUGGUGAAGGAAUGGAGGAAGGAGAAUUUUCUGAAGCCCGGGAAGAUCUGGCUGCCCUUGAGAAAGAUUAUGAAGAAGUUGGUGUAGACUCAGUAGAAGCAGAGGCUGAAGAAGGAGACGAAUAUUUAGAAAACUGAAGUCUGGAAAAAUUUAUUGGGGGAAAAAAAAAAAAAGAAUUGCAGAACCCUGUUCACUUGUUUGAUUGUUUUCAAAUAAAGUUUUAAAGGUUCUACCUUCUA